CAGGUCUCGGGCCCUCAGGCGGAGCGGCGGGCGCCGGACCCCCAGGAGGACGAAUGAGGUCCUCGGGCCCUCAGGCGGAGCGGCGGCGCCGGACCCCCAGGUGGAGCGACAGGCGGGCGGCGGGCGCCGGAUCCCCAGGCGGAGCGGCGGGAGCUGGACCCCCAAGCGGAGCAAAACAGGUCUCGGGCCCCCAGGCGAGCGGCGGGACCCGAGACACCAGCACGACAGUGGGCUCCGAGUCAACUGGUAUGACCGCAGGCACUGGGUCAGACAUUGGAUGGUCUGGCUGGACAGCGGGCAUCGGGUGGGGGAGUCACCAGGCAUCAGGUCAUUUGGCUCGACAGCGGGCACCGCGUCAUCUGGCAAGGCAGUGGGCUCCGAGUCAACUGGUAUGACCGCGGGC